UAUGGACGGUGAAGAAGCCCAGCCAGGGGUGACGCUAAACCCGGAGACAAAUGAGGACAUUGAAGAAGAUCUUGAUUUUGAGGACUACAGUGAAGAAACAAACGAAUUAUUUAAUCGCAUUAAAUGGAAGAUGGAAACAACUGAAUUAAAUGGGGUUAUGAACGAAAUUGAGAGAGGCUGGGUUACAAACAUCAAAAGUGAUUUAAAUAUUGUGAAAGCUUUGGUGGUAGGAUUUUGCAACCAAAAAUACAUGAAAGCCCAUGUGAAACACAAGUUAAUGUGCAUAAAUAAAGAAGUUGAGAACGUGAUGAUUAAUCAUUUGAUUAUUGAAAGGGAGAAAAAUAAAGAGGAGGAGGAGAGAAAGGUGACGGCGAAAACCUCUGAAUGGUUGUAUUCAAUUAGUAAGAAAACGGAGAAAAUCAAGAAUUUGGUUUCCCAAUUCGGGAGCCUGCCGGAGGAGGAGAGAUCGAAGACCGGCAGUAAGAGGGAAAAGCAGAAAACGGUAUCAAACUCCACGGAAUGCUAUAAAAUGUGCAUCGAAGAGAGCCUCCUCAUUUCGCCAAUCAUCACGGGUAGCCUUAAAAAGAGCUACGACCAUCUUCCGAGUAACGAAUUGAAGCUGUGUUUGCUCAGCCUUGCGGCAUUUCCAGAGGAUUUCAUCAUAAAGAAAAGGCCACUCAUAUAUUGGUGGAUGUCAGAGGGCUUUGUAGUGGAGAAUGGAAAUUCCAAGUCAUCAGCUGAGGAAGUUGGGGAACAAAACUUCACCCAACUUAUCCAACUGGGCUUAAUACAACCUUGGUAUGAAUCAGGCAACACUACAGACCAACCACAUAAUAAUGUUCAUGUACAAGGUUGUAGUGUGCAUCCUUGGAUUCGAAGAAUGUUAGUUCCAAUUGCAAUGGAAGCCCGGUUGUUUGAAUUUUUUGGUGUUCCGAAGAAAGAGGAGCAUCCACCUAUGACGAUGACUGGGAAUCCCAGAAGCCGACGUGUGUGCUUAUAUGAUGAUGGAGAAGGGGUAGACCAUAUUUCCACUUGGAAAACUAGAACUCGGAAAUAUUGCAAUAAGUUUCGUGAAAGGUUCAAAUGGAUGAAAGCUAAUGCUGCUCUCUUGGAGAACAUAAAAAAUGAUGCUCGCUGGGAGAAUAUAAAAAAAGUACAGCAUGAUGUUAAAGAGGUGUCUGAUAGGCAAAAGAAGCUGCUCCACAUUUAUACUAAAUUUCUAGCUCCUCUCAAUACUUUGGUUGCUUGGAGCGAUCAUCAUAAUGCCCUCCUCAAUGCCCUCAAUCACAGCCUAAGUGAUGUAAAGGCUCAAAUUGCUGAUGCUAUCAAAAACAUUAAUGAUGAUGAGCACCAAAAUAUUUUCAAAAAGUUGCAGGAUGAGCAAAUGAAACUGCUGAAAGACAUUGAGGGCUUAGAAAAGGUAGCAAAAGAUCAGUUGAAUUAUCUGGAUAUAAUGCUGGAACCCAAGUGGAUGAAUGAUCCUGUGGUCUACAACAGAAAUAAACACUGUGAGAUUUUGCAAGAAAAAGAAGAGUCCUUAUUUGGCCACAAUGACCUCAACAAUCCAUUUCCUUUUCCUUUUCCAAUGAAGAAGAAUAACAACAACAAAAGGACCACCACAAGUACUAGUAAUAGAAGAAGUAACGCCAAAAAAAGUGAUGCAGUGAGCAAUGAUGAGGCGGCUGCGGAGAGAUUACUGGCAAUCAUCAAUGUUACCCAAAAAUACUUGGAUAUGGAUCAUGAACCCCUUGGUAAAAUGAAAUACCUUCGAACUCUUCACUUGGGAAGGUGGCGAGACUCCUUGCCUGUACCUCACAUUGAGGUUGAAAAUGGCCGCAUCUUCGAAGCUCUGUUCCAUGUGGCCAAGCAUUUGAAAUACUUGAGCCUGAGAGGGAUUUCAAGGAUCACUACAUUGCCUUCCACUAUUUCUAAAUGCUGCAACCUCCAAAUCCUGGACCUCAAGGCCUGUUACAAUUUGGAAACUCUUCCUACUGAGAUUAACAAGCUCUAUAAGCUCACUCAUUUCGAUGUUUCAGAAUGUUACCUCCUUCAGAACACCAAUUUGUGGAGCCUUGUUCAACACCUUCACUUCCUCCAAACCUUAAAGGGUCUCAAGCUAGAUCAAUCCAAUCUCAACUCCCUUCAAGCCUUGGCAGCUGCUGGUACCUUAAGGAAAUUGAGCAUCAUACUCACUACACCCAUCUUCAACAUACAUCUACUAACCACUUUGAGCAAGCUUUGCAUUCUCACAAUAACAUGGAGGGUAGUGAUGCCACAGCAACAACCAGCUCCAGAAAAAAUUAGUGAUGCAAACACUGAGACCACACCACACCCAAAACCAGAAAUAAGUGAUGAAGAAGGGGUGAAAGGUAGUAUUGAGAAGGCUCUGCCAAAUCUAAAGAAGCUUGACCUGAGAUGCUAUCCAAAUAAAACUUGGCCAAAUUGGGUUAAGAAGCAUUCUUCAUUGGAAACACUUUACAUCACAGGAGGAGACCUGGAGGAGUUUCCCAUGUUAGAUCUGGAUCUACAAAAUCUCCAGCUUCUGCGUUUCAAAUAUUUAACCAAACUCAAAUUGGGUCCGGACAACACACCUCAACCAAAAUCCACCAAAUUUCCCUCUCUCAUCACCUUCCUUAACCAUGACAGCAAGCCUAAGAAGUGACAAGAAUGCAUCAUAUCAUAUCAUGCAACCUGACUCGCUCCCAUCUCUGCCCGCCCACAUCAUAUCCCAACGCGCAAUAUAUAUAGUUGCAGCGUUAGUCACUAUUUUCUUAUUUGAUUUGAAGUCCUUUUUGUUUUGUUUUUCUUUAAUUUUCCAAUAAAUCUGUUGUUGUGUUUAUUAUGCAGUAGCAUUGAUGAGAUGCUUAAUUGCUGCCAUAUUAUUAUUGUAUUGAUAUAUAAAAGAUUCCUACAUCAAGUCAAUCAUCAAUUUGUUGCUGAU